AUGAUUAUCCCCGUCCGCUGCUUCACCUGCGGCCGCGUCAUUGGGCACUUGUGGGAGCAGUACGUCGAGAAGCUGCAAAACGACGUCGACGAAGGAGUGGCCCUCGACGACUUGGGCCUAAAACGCUACUGCUGCCGCCGCAUGAUUUUGACGCAUGCAGAUCUUAUAGAUAAGCUUUUGGCUUACAACAUUUAUGAGAAGAAGCUUCCGGACCAGUGA